AUGUUUCAGCGCCUUAAAGGCGCAAUAGACAGAGGAAUCGCCGAAGAACAGGCUCGACAGCGCCAGGUUGCCACCGGCGUCCAACCCACCAGAAACUCCCAGAGACGACGCCCGCAAGCCCAGAACGGCACUGCUCAGAGAUCUGGCUCGAAGCAAAGGAACCCGAACGAUGGCCCACCCGAGAAAGGCCCAGAUCCUUCACAGUUCGAGGCCGACUUCACAAUCGGAGAUGACGAGAGUGCAGAGCCCAGUAGGGUAGGGACCCCGAAGCCGGAGAUGCGGAAAGAGGAGGUUCAACAAGCAGAGGGAGAGGCAGUGGCAGCAGCCACACGCGAUGAUGAACCGCAGGCGGAGCAAGGGGCUGGAGAGCUGGCGACUGAGCACAGUGAGGGACCACAGCCAGACACAAACGGCCGGGCACCCAGCCCCUUGCGCCCUCAAGAUCUUCCCACUGAGGUGCGUGUCAAACUGCGAAAGCUCGAUCGCAUGGAGGCAAAGUACACCGAAUUGUUGAAAGCCUAUAAGAUGGCGCAUUCAAGGAUUCAAGCAGUCGACUCUUUCGAGGCCUCUUUACGGGAGAAUACACCCCUGACAAGUAUCAAUGAUCCCGGCGCGCUGGUCGAAUAUCUGAAUCAGAUCAACUUGAAAAGCGACAUGGUACUGGACGAAUUGAAACGGGUCACCACUGACCGAGACGAAUAUAAGAAGAAAUUUCAGGCUUCAGAAAAAGGGACGGCCAAGAUGCACACAGAAAUCACCGAGUUGAAGACCACUGCCACAGCCGAGUCACAUCGACAAGAAGGUUCUACAGAGUCAGAGAAGCCGGUGCCUAUUACUACUCUAUCAACGAUUGACACUGCAUCGUCGAAAGCAAACGCGGAAUCGGAUCAUGGUGCAAAAUCGCCUGCGUCGACUUCUUCCCGGAUUGCAAGUUUCUCCCUCUUCUCGCCCCGCUCGAAAGCUGCAUCACCACCACCUAGGGAUACGUCGGAAGACAUGUUUUCGUACGAGUCUGAACACUCUAGGUUGGAGUCUGAGUUACAAGACCGCCAAGGGGAGGUAGCAGAUCUUAAAAAGCAAGUUACCAAUUUGCAGAACGACUUGAAAGUCGCACGUGAAUCAACAGAGAGCAUGGUGCAAAGUUUAGAGACCGCCACCAGAGAACUGCACAUCCUCCGGGAAGCCAAAGACAAGUUUGAUGAGACCAAAUCCGAAUUGCAGAAGAAGCUUGAUGAAUUCGAGUCUAAGGCUGCAUCUGAAACUGGUACGUCAGAGAGUCUACAGGCCGAGAUCAAUCAACUACAGGCUCAGAAAGAUGAAGCUUCCAGACGAAUCGAACAAGUAGAAGCUCAGAUUCGCGAUCUGGAAACGACAAAUGCCGCGCUAAAUGAGCAGAUCGAGUCGAGUAAGAAAGAUGUCAACAUAUUGAAUGAGAAGCUGGCCCAAAAGGAUGCUGUCGUGAAGGAUCUUGAAGAUACCUUAGCAACAUACAAGUCAGCAGAACGACAAGAAGCAUCGCAAAAUAAAAAUACCAAAGCGGCUGAAAAGAAAUUGGCUACCAUGCAGGGCAUCAUGGACUCGCUGCGAAGCCAAUUGGGCAAUGCCGAGACUACCGUUGCUGAAUUGAAGUCAGAACUUCAGAAGAAUCAAGAAGACUUCUCAAAACGACCGUCGACGAAAGUGUUUGGAUUUCUAGAUGACAGUUCAAAGUCGAAACUCGACAUGUUGCAAACACGGGAAGAUGUGGUUGAUUAUCUGGCCGAGAAUUUCGAUCUACAAAAGCCUCCUACCAAGCAGGCUUCUGCAGAGGUGGCCGCCCCGUCGCCUGCUCCUUCAGAACCCACGACAAAUGCAUCGAAGAAGAAGAACAAGAAAAAGAAGAAGGGUAAAGCUCAAGCAGCAGUAGGUGAAGACGCAGAGCCUGAUGUGCCGGUAAAGGUCUCGGAAAAUCUCGCGGAAGUGGAGGACAAUACGAUCGAAAGCCGCAGAGCAGCUCAAAUCGAGAUCCCUAAGCUUGAAGAAGAGAUUACGAAUCUGAAGUCGGAGCUGUCUGCGAAAUCGCAAACAAUCGAACGUCUUUCUAAGCAGUUGAAGGACCAGGAAACUCUACAAGAAGAGAUUGAAACCUUGCGCGAUGAUCUGCUGCACCAAGGAGAAGAGCACGUUGAGGCGCGCGACUCCCUGAAAGAAGCACAAAAACACAAGCAAGAGCUUCAAGAAUCUAUGGAUAAGCUUGAAAAGGAACUCCUCGAGGCUCGUAAAGCGGCUGCAACUGGCGUCGACUCUGAAAAAGCACACAAGGAAAUUUCACAACAGUUUGAUGAGCUCAAGGGUCGAUGUUCGAGUUUGGAAAAGGACCUUGCCGCCUCUGAACAACUUGCCGCGGCUCGAUUUAAAGACAUAACCGAUCUGAAGGAUCUGCUUUCGAAGGCCCAGCCAGAGUUGAGGGGCCUGAGGAAUGAAGUAGCUGAGCUGCGAUCGGUCAAGGAUGAUCUCAAGAACAAGGCUGGAGAGCUCAAGAGACUUGAAGCCCGCCAUGAAGACAUCAAGGCUGAGCUUAAAGGCCUCAGCAAGAGACUUGGUGACAAAGACUCUGAGAUCAGGGAGCUGCAACAGAAGGUCGAACAGGAGACGAAUGGGAGGACUAAACUCGAGAAGGAAAUGGAAAAGACAGAAGCUGAACUUCGUUCAGCCGAACAUCAGCGCCAGGAAGCCGCCGCUUUGUCUGAUGGCUUGAAUAAAGACCUGAGCAAAGCAAAGGAGGAAUCGACAACACUCAGGGCGAAACUCCGUGUUCUUGAAGAACAAUUAUCAGACCACGGCCGGGAGGUAACAGGACUGAAGGAAGAGCUGUCGUUGAAAACCGCUUUACACUCGUCUGCGCAGUCUCUUGUCCAGUCACUGCGGGAUCAGACACACGAGCUGAACAUGCAGGCGCGCGAGGCGUCCACUCGGGCAGACAAUCUGGAAGAAGAGCUGGCAGAGGCGCAACGGAUGCUAUCAGAGCGCACGAGAGAGGGCCAAACCAUGCGGAUGCUCCUAGACCAAGCAGAGAGCGGCACCGAGUCCAGAAUCCGCGAAAUGAAGGAACGCAUGGACGCGGCCAUUGAAGAACGUGACCGCGUCGAAGACGAAGCGAGCGUGAGCAGUCGACGCAUGAUGCGCGAAGUUGAGGACGCCCGAAGCAAAGUCCGAGACGCUCAGCGAGCCCUGAAGGUCGUGGAGAACGAGAAAGAAGAGCUCGAAAUCCGACAGCGAGAUUGGAAGAGAAGAAUAGACGAGCUUGAACAGACGUCCAAUCGUGCAUCCAAAGAAGUCGAAGAGCUCCGCGCCGCCAUGACCGGUCUACGCGAAGCCUUGGACGAGAGCGAGAGACAAGUUCGCGAGCUUGACGGACAAAAGCUCGACCUCCGAAAGAUGGUCGACGAGUCUCGGGAACGGGUCGAGAAGCUCACAAAGGCCAACAAGAAUCUCACGGAAGAGCUGAAGGCGGCGCAACAACAGACUGGCGGUGGUGCCAAGGGCCUCCGAGCUUCCAAUCGGGUCGGGACGGGCCUCGAAUCAGGGGUCCAGAGUUCCAGGACCUCGAUCGACUCCUCGAGCGCGAGGUCGCCGGCUCCCAAGGAGAGAAUGCUCUCCACGAGCACGAGUCGAAGCGAGACACCCAGUGGCGGCGGCGGCGGUAUGAGCCAGGGGACGGUGGAUUAUGUCUAUUUGAAGAAUGUAUUAUUACAAUUUUUGGAGCAAAAGGACAAGGGCCAUCAGCGACAAUUGAUACCGGUCUUGGGAAUGUUGUUGCAUUUUGAUCGAAAGGACGAACAGAAAUGGGUUGCAGCGAUUUCAGCACGAUAAAUUUCUUUUCAACGCUGUCUAUGGUCAUGGGAGGUUGGCUUGAGUGAUGAUGCCACAUAACGUAUGCUAGUGCUAGGCUUGCCACUGUGUCAGCUUGAGGGAUUGGGAUAGAUCUUGAUUUUCCUUGCAGUCAAAUCGUAGAGGGGGGGCAAGGGGUUGUGUCUGAUACGAGAGGAAAUGAAAAAGAGGAAAAAAAGAACAUUUACGAAAUACCAAUGUCGUGCGAUGUGAACUGAAAGAACCAAAUAUCAAUUUUGACUUGCUGUACUCCGGACU